AUGGCGGGUGAGAACCAGACCCAUGUGACGGAGUUCAAGCUCCUGGGCUUUUCCCAUGGCCAGCCCUUCCUCUUUGUUCUUUUCCUAGUCGUUUACCUGGCCACGCUGCUUGGGAACUCUGCAAUACUUGCCCUUGUGUCCCUGGAUCCCCGCCUCCACAGCCCCAUGUACUUCUUCCUCAGUAACCUCUCCUGCUUGGACAUCUGCUACUCCUCAGUGACGGUGCCCAAGGUCCUGGCAAACGCCCUGCGCCCGCAGGCGUCCAUCUCCUACGGGGGUUGCCUGGCACAGAUGUUCUUCCUGAUGGGCUGCGCGGGGGCCGAGUGCGCGCUCCUGGCUGUCAUGGCCUAUGACCGCUACGCUGCCAUCUGCCAGCCCCUGCACUACGCCCGCGCCAUGAGCCGCGGGGUCUGCAUAGCAGCUGCCGCCGGCUGCUGGCUCUGGGGGAUGCUGGACUCAGCCGUGUUGUCCUGA